UGAGUGCAGCCCCCCGGGGCAGGUGGUAAUAAAGAAAUAACGAGCUUUGUGUCGAUAAAUAAAGUGCCGCAGGCAGGGAUGGGGAAUUACCCGCAGCGCGACAUCCCCUUAGAGCUGGAGAGUGCGGGGCCGCUUGGCACUGAGGCAGAGCAGUGGUGGGGGCAGAAAUGGAAAGAUAAUUAUUUCCCCCCCCCCCCCCCCUUUUUUUUUUUGUCCUCAUUUCUGCUACUGAAACAAAAGGCAAAUGGCUCCAACGAGUCCCUCCCUACAUGUCAAACACACACCAAAAAGAAGCAUCCACUCAAAGUGGGAAAUAACCAAGAAGUUCCAGCGGUCAAUGGGAACGCGGUAAAGGCCAAACCCACAAAUAAAAAGGACGAUGGUUCCGCUAAAGAGAAUCCUCCUUUGGCUAAGCCAAAAUCCAAGAGGGUUGCAACAGAUAAGAAUUUAAAUAGCACCAAAAGCAAUGGAAAAGGUUGCCAAGAAAAAAAGAAAAAUGGCAUUAUUUUAAAGGAGAAAAGUGAUAUAAAACACAAGAGGAGGAAAGCUGAAGAACAUGUGGAGCAGCAACCCAAAGAGGCUGAAAUCUGGUUUGAUGACGUUGAUCCCAAAGAUAUUGAAGCAGCAAUAGGACCUGAAGCAGCAAAAAUUGCUAGAAGAAAUCUGGGACUCGAAACAGGUCCAUCCAAACAGUCUGUGGAGCAGGUGCUGGUUAAAGAAAAGGCUUCUGAAGGGCUGACACGAGCUGUAGCCAUGGACUGUGAGAUGGUGGGAGUGGGACCUAAGGGUGAAGAAAGUAUCGUGGCUCGUGUGUCCAUCGUGAACCAAUUUGGAAAGUGCGUUUAUGACAAGUAUGUCAAGCCUACAGAAAAGGUGACUGAUUACAGAACAGCUGUCAGCGGCAUACGGCCCGAGAAUAUAAAUACAGGUGAAGAUUUUAAAACGGUUCAGAAGGAGGUUGCUGACAUCUUGAAUGGAAGGAUUUUAGUUGGACAUGCUUUACGCAACGAUCUAAAGGUCCUAUUUCUUGAUCAUCCUAAGAAGAAAAUACGUGACACACAAAGAUACAAGCCUUUCAGACAGAGAGUCAAGAGUUCACGGCCGUCAUUGAAACUGCUCUGUGAGAGAGUGCUGAAUGUUCAAGUGCAGACAUCAGAGCACUGCUCGAUUCAGGAUGCACAAGCAGCUAUGAGACUGUACACCUUAGAGAAAAAGAAAUGGGAAGCUGCUGUUAAGAACAAAUCUAAUAACAAAAAUUGUAAAACUUGAAUGAUUCUACAUUGUGUUUUUAUCUGCAGCAUUUGCUGGUUUCAUGGCACAUUCCAGGGCAAACUUAGAACUGACAGCAGCUACUUCAUAAAAUCAAAAGACAAUAUUUCCUAACCUGGGGCCUGACUGCUGCCAUAAAAGAUACUACUGGUAUCCCUGUUCUGGAUGGUACCUAUGCCUAAUGCCUCCUACCAUGUUUAAGCAAUACUUGCAACAAAUGCCUGCAUUUGUGAAGUACUUGGUUCAAUUUCUGCAAAGGAAAUACACACUGAGUUUAAAAAGUGUUUUUAAAUUGAGUAGAUGAAGGAAGAAACUGUCAUUGCUUUGCUGAAACUCCCAAGACUAAAAUCUUUAUUUCAAAUAUUUUAAAGUCUACAAAGUACAGCAAGUUCUUAAUUAUUGCUGUUAGUCUCACAGUUGUGGUACCUAAAAAUCAACAGAAUAUAUAACUGUUUAUAUAUUACUAAUGGCCCAGUAUUAAUCUUUCUUGUGAGAAAAAUCUUUAAAGUAUUUAUGGAGGAUCCUGGCUUUUAU